CACACUACCAGCAAAGACAGACCAAUUCACACCAUGGCCGACCAGCAGCCUCCCGCUGAGGCUGGCGAGAACUUGCACCUCGAUCCCGUUACCGGCGAGAAUAUUUCCAAGAGCGAAUUGAAGCGUCGCCAGAAGCAACGCGACAAUGAGCGCAAGAAGGCUGAGAAGGCCGAGAAGGCGGCUGCUCUGCCGAACAGGCCCAAGAAAGAGAAGUCGGCAGAAGACGCAGAAGGAGAACUGAAUCCAAAUCAAUACUUUGAGAUUCGAUCGAGGGCUAUCAACAAGCUCCGGAGCUCCAAGGACCCUAAUCCAUACCCCCACAAGUUCCACGUCAACUACAAAGUCCCUGGCUUCAUCAAGGAAUACGAGCACCUCAAGAAGGGCGAGACCCUACCAGAAAAGGAAAUCCGGGUCGGCGUGCGCAUCAUUACGAAGCGUGCUUCCGGAAAUGCACUACGAUUCUAUGACUGCAAGGCAGAGGGCGUUUCGAUCCAGAUCAUGUGUCAAUUGCAAGAAGCAUCUGGCUCGGUUCCCUUCCUCGAGCAGCAUGAACACCUACGGCGAGGAGAUUGGAUUGGCGUGGUUGGUUACCCUGGCCGAACAAGUCCCAAGAACAGAGACGGUGGAGAGCUCAGCAUAUUUGCAAAGGAGGUCGUUCUCCUCACGCCAUGCUUGCGCCAGCUCCCGACAGAAUACUACGGCUUCAAGGAUCAGGAGCAGCGCCACCGACAGCGAUUCCUCGAUCUGAUCAUGAAUGAUCCGACUCGCGAGACACUUAUUACCCGGACUAAGGUCGUCAAGUACGUUCGUAAGUACUUCGACGAGCGAGAUUUCUUGGAAGUACAGACUCCCAUGAUGAACAAGAUUGCCGGUGGCGCGACAGCCCGGCCUUUCAAGACCUUCCACAACGAUCUCGGUAUGGAGCUGUUCCUCCGCAUAGCUCCAGAACUCUACCUCAAGGAACUUGUUGUGGGCGGGAUUGAGCGUGUUUAUGAAAUAGGGCGCCAAUUUAGAAACGAGGGUAUUGAUUUGACGCACAACCCGGAAUUUACCACCUGCGAGUUUUAUAUGGCUUUCAUGGAUAUGUACGACAUCAUGGAUAUGACUGAAGAGCUUGUGUCGGGCCUGGUACACUCGGUCAAGGGAACAUACAAGACUCAGUAUCACACUCAGGACGGGCAAACAUAUGAUGUAAAUUGGGAGAAACCGUGGAGGAGAGUCGAGAUGAUUCCUGAGCUUGAGAAGGCAACCGGGGAAAAGUUCCCACCGGCCAACCAGCUACAUACGCCAGAAUCGAACGAAUUCCUCCAGCGUGUGCUCAAGAAGGUCAAUGUGGAAUGUUCGCCGCCAUUAACGGCUUCCAGGAUGAUCGAUAAGCUAGUUGGCGAGUUCAUCGAAGAGACUUGCGUCAAUCCAACUUUCAUCAUGGGCCACCCCGAAAUCAUGUCUCCCUUAGCCAAAUACCACCGCUCCAUUCCCGGUCUAUGCGAGCGCUUCGAAGCUUUCGUCUGCAAGAAGGAGAUUUGCAACGCUUAUACUGAGUUGAAUGAUCCCUUCGACCAGCGCAUGCGUUUCGAAGAGCAAGCCAACCAAAAGGCACAGGGUGAUGACGAAGCACAGCUCAUUGAUGAGACUUUCUGCCAAGCGUUGGAGUAUGGUCUUCCCCCAACGGGAGGAUGGGGCAUGGGUAUUGAUAGAUUGGUCAUGUUCUUGACAGAUCACUACAGUAUCAAGGAAGUCCUAGCAUUCCCAUUCAUGAAGGAUGUUGAUGAGAAGAAGCCGCAGCAGACGGCAGCAGAGGCUGUUGGUAUUGAGCCUAUGCCGGAGGAAGGGAUACCCCAUAAAUGAUUUGCAUCGAAUGAAUAGGUGUAGUUGCAGGUGCAGCUACGUAUUCACAACUAGGGAUUCAUGAAGUAGGCGUGAGAAGGACCAUUGCUGGCUGGAGUGGGUGAGGGCAACCAAAAUGUUCGGGCAUUUAGACAGCCCGUAGAACAAAAAUACUUCAUUCUAGACAAUCAAUAUUUGCA